AGAAACGCGUUCUUCCUUUUCAAAAGCUACGUGACUGCGACUGGUGAUUUCUACAAGCGAACCACCUGUCAUUAUUCCCGGGGCAUCCUCUUCAAUUUUUUUUCUUUUUUUUUUAGGUUCUACGAUGGCAUCUCUUAUUCGACCUGUUGGUUUGUUAACCAAGACAACACAACCUGCUUUAGUUCCGCGUUUAGUUUUAUCUCAAUUACCCAGAUCGACUGUCUUGGGUAUUCGUGCUUAUGCCACACAUCAGCAACAAGGCAAACAAAUCUUGUUGCGUGAUCAUGGUGUCUUUGCCAAUUAUGUACCCCCUGAACAAUCACCUUCGAUUACAGACUUUAGUCAGUGGCGUUUGACCAAAUGGAGAAACUUGAAGAACAAUGUUCAAAACUUGUUAAGUGUCGGUUUGAUUAAAUACAAGUCUCAAUAUGAGAAAUGGAAUUCUGCUAAAUUCAUUGCUGAGGCUCAAGAGACUUAUAAAGAUAUGAAUGAUGCAUUUGCUAGAGGUGAUCGUCAAGUGUUAGAAGAAGUUUGUUUAGAUGCCAUGUAUUCUAGCUUGAAAAACCAAUUGAAAACCCGUAAUAACGUACGUUGGGAAUGGAGAUACCACGGUGAUGUUGAGUCACCACGUAUUGUCUGCGUGCGUUGUGUAGGUACCACAGGUGUUAGUAAGCAUGGUUUUGCUGUAGGUCAAGUCACAAUGCGUAUGUUUACCAAGCAAUCGAUGGCUGUAUUUGACAAGAAGAACAAGUUAAUCGGUGGCGAUCCCAACAAGAUUCACAAUGUAUUAGAAUAUGUCGUCUUUCAAAAGACCAUCUCAGAUCCAGAAGAUAUUUGGAGAGUGUAUGGUAAAGUGGCACCACAGGAAAAGAUGGUUCAAUAAUUGUAUAUACCAUCUUAUAAUAAAGUGUUUACAUGUAUAGUCA